AUGGUUUCGGUCUCAAUUUUCUCAGGAAUACUGUUGUAUCUGUGUGUUGGCUGUGUUGCCAGGCGAAACUGGAAGAUUGAAAUACUAAGCAUAACAACUAAAUCAUCAGAUGAGAAUCUAUUGAAUGUCCACCUACAUGUUGAUCAAGCCGCUUUAAUUAAAACGAGUUUUUCGGGAACUUUUGAUGUAAAGUUCGAUACGGAUGACAAAACUAUGAUUGAAGUGAUUGCUUUAUACAGCGUUAGCGGCAGAGAAGAGGACUAUCGUCGAAAUCCCUAUCAAGUGCCAAAAAUGACAUUAACAGAAUUCAUCGAUACCUAUUGGAAUGAACUGAUCUAUCCGACUUUGCGUCCAUGCUCGAAUUUCCAGGAGUUUGAAGGGAAAUUUGUGCCACCAUUCCCAAGAAAGUCCUAUAUAAUGAAUCAGUGUGAGCUUACUGGCGACGGAUCUCCAGAUAUAUUACCUAUAGGGUACUAUAAAGUGUUGAUACUGUUGAGUGGACAAGCUGAGCUUAACGUUACCCUUACUUUAAAGUUGACACCAAAGUAUAUUUGAUUAAUACGAAAACUGUUCUACAAUACUAUAUUGAUCUGAUUUGGUUUU